AUGUCUGACGCUGAGCCCUACACUCAUCACCUGCGCAUCCCCUCCAACGCAAGCUCCACGUCUUCCAACGCAUCUGAUUCGCCGCUCUCACACUCUCCCGCCUACCCCUCUUUCGACCUUUACCCUUUGCCUUUUUUCAAUGGCCAAGGCACUGUCGAUUUAAACUCCCAUAACUAUUCGCACUACGCUUCUCAGUCGCCUAUUUCUCCAGCCAUUGGCUUGAUGCAGCCGUCACCAUCGUUUACUCACCAUGGAACGAAUUGUACUCAAAUACCCAAACUUCGAAUGGCUUGUGCUUCAGGACCCAAUGGUCACCGAUCCAUGUGGAGUCUCUGCGAACAAUGCGGCGCCAUCUCGAUGAUCGACAAAGACUGA